CGAAGCGGCGGUGAGGAGGAGCGCCGGGGCUGGCGGAGCUUGGAGCUAACAGCCGCCUCCCCCGGCUCGUGUCAGCGCGGUGGGCCCGGCUGGACGGCUCCCAGCAUAUCUUGGUACAGAAGACCAGACAUAAGGUGGAAAGGAUGAAAGGUUCAUUCUGAGGUUGACUCAUUCUUCCUUAGCUUUCCUGCCCCCCUUUGAAGGGGAAGACAAAAACCUGUGCUCCUAAGAGCCUCUCUAAAAGUGAGGGAGCUGGCAUUAGUGCUCUUUUCAGUCUGGCUACAUGUUUAGUAUGCGGAUUGUGCCUCUUCACUAAUGAGAGGGAGAAUGGGAACCCAGGGAAGCCCUGUGAAGAGCUAUGAUUAUCUGCUCAAGUUCCUGUUGGUAGGAGACAGUGAUGUUGGGAAAGGAGAAAUCCUGGAGAGCCUUCAAGAUGGAGCAUCUGAAUCCCCUUACGCCUAUAGCAAUGUCACCAGGCGAUCCCCAGUAUGGAGCAAUGGUGAGCUGAUGGACCUCAUCAGUGUUUGCGGGGAGGAAGCUGUCCAGUCCCAGCUGCGCUCCAGCCAUAGGAAUUAUGAUACCUUCGGUCAGAUAUCAAGGGACAAGAUGGAAAGGGGCCAUGACCGGGACGCACUGCAGUGCAGGAUUAAAGUGAAGGAGCUGCGGAAUGCCUACCGUGAGGCAAACCGCUGCUCCGGUGCUGCCCCUUCGACCUGCCAUUUCUACAAAGAGCUGGAUGCGAUACAUGGGGGUGACCCCACCUCCACUCCGAGGACCACCAUCGACACUUCAGAGUCCAGUGCAACAAGGCAGGGGGAGGAGGAGGAGCAGCAAAGCGGGAGCGAGGGUGCUGAGAUGGAGGAAGACACCCCGGAAUCCCUAGAUGCAUGCAGCCAGCAGCUGUUCUCAAGCCAGGAGGAAGGUAGCCAGUCAUGGUGGCCGGUGCUUGUGGAAGGACAAACACCAGAGGAGGUUCCCGAUGCAACCUUGAGAUCUCAUCCAUCCAUGUUAUCACCGGCUGAAAGACUCGAAAGACUCAGAAAGAGGCCACGUAGAAGCAAGGAAGACAUGUUGCAUGGAGUAAUGCAGCAUUCAGGAAUUGACUACAAGACCACCACUAUCUUGCUGGAUGGCAGAAGGGUCAAGUUGGAACUCUGGGACACAUCUGGCCAGGGGAGAUUCUGCACCAUUUUCAGAUCCUACUCCAGAGGUGCUCAGGGAAUUCUCUUGGUGUAUGACAUCACUAACCGCUGGUCCUUCGAUGGGAUAGACCGCUGGAUAAAAGAAAUAGACGAGCAUGCUCCAGGUGUCCCCCGGAUUUUGGUUGGAAACAGGCUUCACUUAGCUUUCAAGCGGCAGGUGCCCACGGAGCAGGCCCGUUCCUACGCUGAGAAGAACUGCAUGACGUUCUUUGAGGUCAGCCCGCUGUGCAACUUCAACGUGACCGAGUCCUUUACGGAGCUGUCGCGCAUUGUGCUAAUGAGGCAUGGCAUGGAGAAGAUCUGGAGACCUAACAGAGUGUUCAGCUUACAGGACCUCUGCUGCCGUGCAAUAGUCUCCUGCACACCAGUCCACCUCAUCGACAAGCUGCCACUGCCUGUCACCAUCAAGAGCCACUUGAAAUCCUUCUCCAUGGCCAAUGGAAUGAACGCGGUGAUGAUGCAUGGCCGGUCAUACUCCUUGGCUAGCAGUGGGGGCGGGAGCAGCAGCAAAGGUAACAGCUUGAAGAGAUCCAAAUCGAUCCGCCCGCCGCAGAGCCCCCCACAGAACUGCUCACGCAACAACUGCAAGAUCUCUUAGCAAGACUGUAACACUGUGAGCUCCAAACACACCCACCCACCAAUGUACAGAUGUUUGCACACGUAACCCUUUUCAAUAGGAUCCUUUUGAACGUUCCUGGGUCACUUUUUUGAUGACGAGCAUAGCUUUGGGAAACGAGUUCAGCUUAACGUUCAGACCAUCAUAUCGACUGGAUCCCACAUCGCUGGUAAAGGGGACGGUGCCAAGUGAACGUUCAGGAAUGCUUUGGGAUUUUCCUCAGCCUGGGUGGAAAACUCGGCAGCUGCUGGCAUGGGGGAGGGACAAGCUCGUCCAGUCUUGGCAGAGGAAGGGAUUUAGCGGAAGAUCAAGAGGCUUAGGGGGUGGUCAAGGGAGAGUCUGUGCUGCAACUGUAACUCUUGAACUCACAGAUGGAUUGCUGGUGCGAUAGCGAACAGUGGACUUCUAAGAAUAAACAGGGAAUAGAUGAAGGCAAAUUCUACCUGGACUUUAACCUGCCAUUGCCAAAAAGAGGCAAGAGUUGGCCGAUUGGGAAUCUGAAGGAAGCAGUCCUGCUUGCUGUUUUCACUUAUUUAUAUCAAAAUUAUAUAGAGAGCUCUCACUUUUCUAACUUUUUUUUUUUUUAAAGAAGCAGUCAGGGAAAGUUUAUACAGCCAUGUAAAUAGAAGCAUGGGACCUCUGUUCGCAGUGCACCAGCUAAAGGGGAGAAAGGGAGAGGGGGUUUUUGAGGUGAAUAUCUACAAACACUUUGGGGGAUUGUACAAAUAGCCUCACAGGAUUGCUCUGGGUUUGUUUGUUUCAAAUACAAUCUAUGUGAAAGGAGAGAGCGAUUUGUAUGCUACAUGCCGGAUCCUUCCUUUUCUGAACAUUCCUGGAAACAAGGGUGAGGGCCUAGGAGGAGGCUGAUUGUACUCUCACUUAAAUCAAAACCCAAAUAGAGUUGCAGCUGUGAGGCUGCCAUGGCCUGCAGGAGCCUGAAGACACAAAUUUGGUCAGACCAAAUAUUAGAGACCAAAAGUCAGCUGGUACCAGGUUUAUUUUCCCAUGACAGGCAGCAUCUUCUCACGUGAGGGUUGUUGAUCAUUGCUGGCCUUGAGGAGCUGCAGGCAUAGAAGUAAAACACUUCUGCUGGGCCUGCGUGGAGAGAAACAGAAAGCUUGAUCACAAGCUACCCUUCUGGGGUCACUGUUCCUUCCCCCAUCUUUCCCAAUACUGCUAUUUAUCCCUCCUACUCUUCUGGGCAAUGAGGUCAACCCCCUCAUAGGCAUGAGGACUUUGAGCAGGCCCUGAAUCCAGAGUCCUUCCUGCACCUGUAAAUACACACUUCACCUUUCCAAGGAACAUCUAAUCUUCAAGCAUUGCCCAUGGCUCCUCUUCUAGAUGGGGGCAGGAGAAGGGAGAACACACUUCACACUGGAGUGUGGCAUAUUAGAACUGAUCAAGACUGGAACACUAGUAACCAUUCUAAGUGGUGUUAAAAUGCAGCCUUGCUAGUCUGUAGUUCGCCUGCAUUGGAUGACCAAGCAAAGCUAUCUUGCUGUACCCUCAGACAGCUAUGAUUGCUGUUCAGUGGCAGGAAAAUGUGAAGGCAAAUGCAUUGGCUUGUUUUUAUUGUCACCUAGGUUUUCACAGCUUCUAGAGCAAGCAAUCUCUCUAGCUAGCAAUUUGCUUGGGAUAGGCAUGUGAUGUUAGAGAAAUCCCAUCUAGGACAAUAGCAGCAGCUUCACUUACUUAGUCCCAUAGCAAUAGGACUUCUAACUUUCCACUAGGGCUUCCAGCAGAAGUAGUGCCCAGUCCUUGUUAAGCUAGAGAGGCUGAUUACAGUUCGGUGUGAGGUUCAGUCAUAGGUGAGCGAGACAAAGAUAUGGUAGUAGGUUCUUGUAGGCCAUCAGGAUGUGUAGUUUUUCAAUGUAUGAACUGCUUUUGGUUGCUCUGUUCUGCCUCCAUUAUACCUCUCUCUUCAUUAGGAAACUAAACCGGGCACGUGUCUGCUGUAGGAUGCUGGUGCUCUACUGUUACAGCCUGUCUCCCAUUAGUAGCAGUUCCCCAAGGCCAGGCUUAGUAUGUCACCCUAAAGCAGCUUGUUACAUGGGCAGGAUGAAGCUGUUGCGUUUCCUGCACAGCUGACCACCCACUCUGUUCAAGCAGCAACUAAAAGACGGGUGGCAGGGAAAUGGCACAGCCCCUUCCCACAGCAACACUCCCUGCUGUGCUUUUCCCUUCCUUCCCUGACAGGGCCUGGAGACGAAGGAGUCUCUGCACUCUCUCAAACCCCGGAGGACAGAUUUCACAGAUAGCCCAGCUGCUAGGCAAUAAACCGGGCCACCAACGAAGCUCAAAUGAGGGAGAAGGAGAAAAUAAACCGAGGGCUGGGGGUGUCUUUUGUGGCUGUGAUUCAGACUAAAAACUAAAGCUGUAGUCAAGUUCAGUGCCGUCAUGGGGAAGCCAGGGAAUUUCUAGAACCUGUCAGCAGUAUUACACCCACUGCUCCAUGUCACUUAACAGGGAACAGAAGCAGCCAGGCAGCCUAGGGAUAUAUGGCUAACAGGUGACGGCAGGCAGAACACACCCCUAUCCGUCAGUGUAAAACCCUCUUUGAAUUUGGUUUCCGUUAAACAGUUAGUUGUUGGAGCGCCUCAGCAGCCUGUAACUCACCUAUGUUGCCUCUUCCGUAUCUAAUAUCUGGUAAUGCAGCUGGGAUGGGGAGGAGAUGGAAGAUUCCAUUCUGCAUGUCUAGAAACUCUUCCAACUACCUGUGGAUGGUUUAUGCCCUACAGAUAAACCCUCUCCCAUCUCUUCUCCACUGUACAUUUUCCCCUGUACAAUCUCAGCAAAUCCUGUCCAAAGGAAAGAUUCCUUGAUCUGGAAUGUCUGCUGAUCAAAACUGAACUCAUCUUGUUUUCUUCAUUUGAAAAGAAAGCCGUUCUGGCAUCUGAUAUCAACACUAGUCUUUAGCUGCUGUCUGACACUCAGACCAUUCCAAUGUUAUUUUGGAUUCUCUCUUUUAUUCCUUUGUACAGUCAAUGUUGUUCAAUUGAUAUACAUGUUUUGUUUUAUAUAAAUUAAAGUCUUUUGUUUUAAACUGUC